CUUUUGGCUGUGUGUCAGGCUGUCUGCCUACUGUAUUGUACUGUGAGAAGGCAGGCAGAUAGGGGGCACCUCACCAAAAUCUCCCGCUCAACUCCACAUUCAACCCCCCCACCAAUUUACCGUCUAACUUCAACGCGUUUUAAAACCGACCACAGGAUUUAAACAUCUGAUUGCUUUAUUUAUUGUAUUUUCGGUUAGUUUAUGGUUUGUGUUUUUACACUCCGGGAGGGCAGAAAUGGCCGCCAACAUGUACCGGGUCGGAGACUAUGUAUUCUUUGAGAAUUCCUCCAGCAACCCUUACCUGAUCCGCCGGAUAGAAGAACUCAACAAGACGGCCAGUGGCAAUGUGGAGGCCAAGGUGGUGUGUUUCUACAGGAGGAGAGACAUCUCACACAGCCUCAUACAGUUGGCUGACAAACAUGCAAAGGACUUAGAGGAGGAGAAAGAGGAGGAGAAAGAGGGUCCGUUGGAGGCGGAGCUGACAGACAAACAGAAACAUCAGUUACGCCACAGAGAACUGUUCCUCUCCCGUCAGUAUGAGAGUCUACCAGCCACACACAUCAGGGGGAAGUGUAGUGUGGCGUUAUUGAAUGAGACUGAAGCUGUCCUCUCCUACCUGGACAAAGAGGAUACGUUCUUCUACUCGCUGGUCUACGACCCUACCCAGAAGACACUUUUGGCUGAUAAAGGAGAGAUCAGAGUGGGACCACGCUUUCAGGCCGAUGUACCUGACAUGCUACAGGACGGGGAAUCAGAUGAGUGGGACCAGUCAAAGUUAGAGGAGAAGCUGUGGGAUCCUGACUGUCCUCUCUCCAGCAAACAGAUUGACCAGUUCCUGGUGGUCGCACGGGCGGUGGGGACGUUUGCCAGAGCGCUGGACUGUAGCAGCUCAGUCAGACAGCCCAGUCUACAUACGAGUGCAGCUGCCGCCUCCCGAGACAUCACACUGUUCCAUGCGAUGGACACGCUGCAUCGUCAUGGUUACGACCUGUCCAGUGCGUUGAGUGUGUUGGUGCCGUCCGGUGGGCCGGUGCUGUGUCGGGACGAGAUGGAGGAGUGGAGCGCCUCGGAGGCAGCCAUGUUUGAGGAGGCUCUGGAGAAAUACGGAAAGGACUUCAACGACAUAAGACAAGACUUUCUACCGUGGAAGUCUUUGACCAGUAUAAUAGAGUAUUAUUACAUGUGGAAGACAACAGACAGAUACGUACAGCAGAAGAGACUGAAGGCAGCAGAGGCAGAAAGCAAACUGAAGCAGGUUUACAUCCCCACAUACAAUAAGCCCAACCCUAACCAGAUCUCAGUGACCAAUGGGAAGAUGGCGACGGUGAAUGGGGCGGGGCCUGGAGCCUACCAUGCAGCGGGGGGAGGACGGGCCUGCGAGAGCUGCUACUCAAUGCAAUCAGCCCAGUGGUACUCGUGGGGGCCGCCCAACAUGCAAUGUCGCCUGUGUGUGUCGUGCUGGAUGUACUGGAAGAAGUACGGUGGCCUUAAGAUGCCAAGCAGAGCGGAGGCGCCCGAGGAGAAAACCCCACCCAGCCCUGUGCCCAACGAGCCUCGGUCGCGCGGCCACGGCCCCCGACAGUCCAGUCACAUGGUGCCGGUGCGUAACAGCGGCAGCCCCAAGUCCUCCACGAAGACCAAGCAGGCCUUCCUGCUGCAGGCCACCCGCCUCACCAAGCUGGCACGCCACAUGUGCCGCGACAUCAUCAGACUGCGACGCGCUGCGCGGCGCCCCUUUGUGCCCAUUAACUGUGGCGCCAUAAAGGCAGAGUGUAAGAGCUCCUUCAAUUCCUAACUUCUGCCUCAUGACACACACACGGACACACACGCACGAACACACACACACACCGCCCCCCCCUUCACCUUGACACCCCCCUUUUCACCCCACCUCGCUGCCUCCGCCCCCCCCCCCCCCCCCUCCCUGUCUGUCUCUCUCUCUGUUUUUGUUAUAUUGUAUUAUAUUAUUAUUAUUUUGGUUUUUGUAUUCUCCCCGGUUUCAAUAAAGACUGCCUGUCCUCAUGACUUUUGGGUUUCAUCA